CACUCAAACGCGCAGUGCAAACUCGGUUCUGCACUGUAGAGCGGCAAAUGGCGGCAGCCCAAAUCGGGUUCGACAGUGAAAAUCAAGAACCAAAACCCAACGUUAUGUAUUUAAACUACAGGCGAAUGCCAGCUGUAAUCUUUUCGAAGAAGUAUUGGGAUUGGGAUAGCAUGGUGGCUGUAUGUAAACUUACAAUGGUUGGAAAAUUCGUCAUACCUAAACCAAAGAUGACUAAAAUUCGUGUUAGUUUCAAGGAGAAAAUCCCUCUUAAAGGGGUAGUGAAAAUUAGGUCUUACGAUUCUUACCAUGUGUUUCUUGAUUUCACCAAUGAAGAGGAUUAUGAAUCUGUUUUGUUGAAAGAGAAGGUAGUUGUUGCUGGUGCACUUAUGGAGGUUUUUCGAUGGACCCCAGAGUUUCAUGAUCAAUUUAGAGAAACAUUUGCUGUUGUGGAGCUAGAUAAUACCAAAAGAGAUGAACAUAUUGUUUGGGUAUAUCUAUCGUUUUUAUCAUGGCACCUCUUCUAUUUUCGACAAUUGAGCAUGACUGAUAAAAAUAUUCAUCCUGAAUUCAGAUUAAGUGAUGCAAAUCCUGUUAAUUGGGAUACAGACACCUUUAAGCUGCAUCCUUAUAUAAAUAGCCUUUCAGCCCCUGCUACAUAUGAAAAGCCCAUGUCACUACAAGUGUCUGCCGUGUCCCAAUGCUUGAGUGUUCCUUCAAUACGUCCACAAUUACCAUUAUUGGCUCAUUCAUUAAGCGUAGCUGGUCGAUUGUGUGCUGAUCCUUUAACAACUCCAGGUAUUUAUGUUCCUCAGUCUUAUCCAAAAGGAAUUGUGGGCAGUCCUAUUUUUGGAAGAAACGAACAUGUUGGCCGUGGAAGCACCUUUCCCAGCUCUACCCUAGCCCUGGAUCAGCACAGUCUUGCUCAGCAGCAUAACCAACUCAAUACAUAUAAAGAACCAAAUAUGACUGCCAGGAUAGCACAAUUACAACCACCAUCAACAGCCUCAGUAAGUGACACUACCAGCUCAAUCCGAUACCGAGAAUGCCUCAAGAAUCAUGCUGCAAGCAUGGGAGGACAUGCUGUUGAUGGAUGUGGAGAAUUCAUGCCUAGUGGAGGAGAAGGAACCCCAGGAGCCCUGAAAUGUGCAGCUUGUAAUUGCCACCAAAAUUUUCACAGGAAAGAGAUUGAUGAUCACCAACAGAUGGCCGACGUUGGGUCACAUUCUACGUUCAGUCAACCGGGAAAUAAUAGCAGUUGUGGUGGUAUACAAAAACAAGCCCCGAUUUCUCUUCCUACACAGCAGCUGCGGCAGUAUCAUCAUAAUUACAGUAAUAGCUGUUCUCCUAGUUCAGUGGUUAACUCUUCACAGCCUAUUUCUCAACCAUCCUCGCCUAAAUCUGGUCCGGUAUUUUUACAACAGGGCUUGGAAAGAACAGAACCUAGUUCUAUUCGACCAAGCUAUUCAUAUGAAAUGGUUAAUCACGACACCAUGCAGAUUGGAAAGCAACAGGAGUAUUCAUGGAGGGACAGCAGCAGGAAUAAAUCACGAGAUCAUCCUUUCAUACGAAAUGAAAAUUGGAAUUUUGACAUUUUCAAGCCUUUAAACAACAGAACCCCAUCAGAGUUUCCAGUCUUCCCGUCUAGGUGCCAGUCGCAGAGUGUAUUCUCUGAUGAAUUUCCACAUCUUGACAUCAUUAACAACUUGCUACGUGAAGACAAUGGAAGUGGACGGACUUUGAUGUCCAACUCAGGCUUUCAGAGGUUGAACAAUGGAUAAUCACACCAUCAGACUGCACAUUUCACUUAUCCGAGUGAUAUUGAUAUGUUUACAGGUCUAGGUCCCUCAACAAGUUCUUUAAGGCUCGAGCGUAGUCGCUCUGGUCUUCAGAUUUGGAAUGAUUCUUCCCUUCUUUGUUACCUUUGCCACCAUCCCUGAUAUGGGUUGGCAUUUCAUUAGAGCUGAAGUAUGUUCAUAGCUCCUUUUUGUGCAAAUGUUAUUUAGAUGGCAAUACUAUUUUGUCAUUUGAUUGGGAAGUGGUAAUGGCCGGUAAUACCGUUUAUGGGAUUAAGAUAAUCCUCAUAUGUUGGUUGAUACAUUUAUUUAGCAAAAAAGGGGCCUAAAAAUAUUUUUGAACUA